CGCGGCUGUGCGAGUUCUACCUGCAGCUGAAUAGAAACAUGCAGGCCCUGAGCGCCAAGACGGCUCUGGCCGGCACCCGCGUGGUGGCCAAGAGCACCAGCCGCAGCAGCGCCCGCGCGGGCAACGUGGUGGUGCGCGCUGAGCGCUCGCUGUGGGCCCCUGGCGUUGCUUCCCCCAAGUACCUGGAUGGCAACCUUGCUGGCGACUAUGGCUUUGACCCCAUGGGCCUGGGCGCCAACCCGGAGCGCCUGACCUGGUACCGUCAGGCGGAGCUGCAGAACGCGCGCUGGGCGAUGCUGGGUGUGGCCGGCAUCCUGGGCCAGGAGAUCAUCAACCCCGAGCAGUGGUGGUACAGCGCCGGCAUGCCCGAGAACCUGCCUUCCUUUGACGGCAACAAGGUCAACAUGGGCGGCAUCCUUGCUUGGGAGUUCCUGCUCAUGCACUUUGUGGAGGUGCGCCGGUGGCAGGACAUCCGCAAGAAGGACUCGGUGAACGCCGACCCCUUCAACCCCAACCUCAAGGUGCCCAACCCCGAGAUGGGCUACCCCGGCGGCCCCUUCGACCCCUUGGGCUUCAGCAAGGGCAACUUCAAGGAGGUGCAGACCAAGGAGAUCAAGAAUGGCCGCCUCGCCAUGGUCGCCUUUGUGGCCUUCACCAUCCAGGCGCAGGCAACCGGCAAGGGCCCGCUCGCCAACCUGACCGACCACCUGGCCUCGCCUUUCAGCAACAACGUCGGCGCCAACAUCGGCCACUGCAUGGUGCCCACCUCCGUGGAUGUGCAGGGCCUCACCAUCCCCCUGUCGUGCCUUUGGCCCGGGCAGCAGAUGGUGUGAAAAAGUAUCAGCCUCCCUCCUACCUGCCACCAGCAGGCCUGGGAGCACAACGCUGCUGUACCACUGAGCUAGGUUUUUCUUGCUGGCCUGGUCUUUGCUGCUUGCAACACACAAGGAUCUGCGGGGUGCAGUGCAGCAACCCUGCUGAGGAGCCUUGUGCCAUUCGUCCAGCACCUGAGAAGAGCAAUCACUCCAGUAAUGCCCACUGUAACGGUUUGAAAUCACACG